AUGGUUGGUACUGUUCUCUCGUGAAUUUAGCUGACGUUAAUUUUUCUAAUUAGAAUAGAGCGAAAAGUCAGUGGUAAACGUUUUAUAUAAACUAUACAGUGCGAAAUGGAUUUCUUCGAAAUGAAGAUAUUUAAAAUAAAAUGGCUUCAAUUUAUUUUUUUCACGUUCCUGAUUAGCGAUCUCGUCAUUGAAGGUCAUGCAGCCUAUGAACCCGAGUACAUAGUAGACGACGCAGUUUCCAACGAGCUGCGACCUAACAUAAUAUCUCUCGACCACGUGAGACAAAGACGGGAUGCACCUUCGCCGCCGGCGGCACCCACGGCCGCGAGCGAGACGAAGACAGAGCAUACAAUAGUCUCAUCGACCACCAUGUCUGCAGCAUCAGUAUCAGCUGCCGUCACACCGGUGACCACUAACAUCACAACACCGGCUAAUGUAACCGGGUCACCAUCACCGGCCACCACAUCUAACGCAACAGACAUCAACAGGACAACCAAAUUAGCAAGUAAGUCAUUAUGUUUUAUAUAUAAAAGUAUAUACACGUCGGAUGUCGGCGAAAAAACUGGAACAGUAUACUACUUAUCAUAAUUUAUUUAGGCUAUACCUCUCAUCAUAAUUUAACUAAAGAUAUUAUUUAUAAUUGAAGCGUCUUGUAUAUAUUGAUAAUAGGCUGUCACCUAUACAAGAUUAUCUGUAUUGGGUUUUUUUACGUUGAUACCAGGCCGGUGACUACACUGACACUAUUUUUAUUCCACUGAUUUUAGGGUAAUGGAAAUGGAGCUUUUUACAUUAGGCAGUUUGAUAGACAACAUAAGUUAGAGAUAGAAUACAAUUAAUGUUACAGCAAAAUGUAUCGAAAAGUGAAGAAAUUUUUUUUUAAAUCGAUACUAAUUAACGGUUAUUGUUUGUAUGUACUAUUGGUACAUACUAGUACAUUAUCUGCGGGUUAAACACCGGAAUGUUUAUAUACUUGUAAUUUUUAUCGCGUAAGUAAUGAGACCAGCCAAUAACCGCCAUAUCAAAUCGUAUAUACGAUAUAAACGUUCAGUAACUUUACUCUCGUUUAAUAUUAUAUUUACGUCGUUCAUUAUGGGCACAGUCAACACGUCAAGUGAUAUCCGAAGCUGUACAUUUUUAUCCAAUCGUUUUAAAAGCCUUACUGUGUUGGCAAUUCGACUUCGAUUGCAAUAAUAUUGUGUUUAACUGACGUGCUGCUUUGUGUAAAUUAUUAAUUACUAGCACGAGGUGGAGGCGUUAUUAUGUCAAAGUCAAGAAAAAGCCUCGUUUUAUACCACGCGGUAUGAUGAAUAUAGAAUAUAUCAAACAUAAAUAAUAGACUCAUCAUUAAUAAGAAUCGGUGAUAUUAAUAUAAGUAAUUUUAAAUAGUCGAUGCCAAUUGACAGACGGAACGUAAAUUGUCUGAUAGAAGCACACGUGCGUCAGUACGCGCCGUACCAUCCGUCGAGUGUGCAGGGUUCAAUGUUGGUCCUGUCGUAUAAUUUUUCAGUUCUGACGGCGCGGGACUCUUACUCGAUCUGUUUUUAUGAAUACAUAAUGUAGAAUAAUAUAAUUUGAAUAUUUUUUCAAUGUAGUAGUGGCGGUUUUUAUUUGCAUUGUUUUUGCGCUCUCUGUCUGACCUUAUAUACUUUAGUAUGAUAAUUUAAGGUCAUCGGACCUUCCCUCCCUUACAACUGUCGCCUGUUACUGUUAAGAAUUAAGACAAUGUCAAAUAAAAGUCUGUAUAUAUAUAUGCUAAUAUCGUAGCGGAGAAGUACAGGCCGAUUUUUGUUUUUACAAACAGCCCUGUGAUUCUGUAAACCCGAAUUCACUCAGGUAUCCCAAUACACUACAGAAAGCGGUAUCCGCACAAUCUUGAAUGAGAAAUUAUUUAAAAAAAAAGAAAGCACUUAAAUAGCACCUCCACUAGAUGAGGAUUUUAGCAAAAGUAAAUUUUUGCAGGAAACGAAUGGACCAAUGAUAGUCAUUUCCGUUCCUUUUAACU